AUGUCGGACAAGGCGUCGGAACGGCUUCAGGCUCUGGGCAAGCAGCUCGAUGCCCCUCCUCCUGUCAAGAUUGCCGGGCCAUCUGCGGCGCCUCGUGUACCUGGCAAGGUCGUGAUUAUUACAGGCGCAAACUCUCUCAUGGGUAUCGGUCGCGCGUCAGCACAUCAAUUCGCCGAGAACGGCGCCCGCGCCAUCUACAUUUGCGAUUACGCCGACGACAACCUCGCCUCUCACAAGAAGGAGCUCAAUAAGCUGUACCCCAAGGUCGAGGUCCACACCCGCCAAUUCGACGCUGCCGAGGAGAGCGCCGUCAAGGAGGUCGUUGCCCACGCCAUGACAACGUACGGCAGACUGGAUAUCUUCUUCGCCAAUGCCGGUAUUACCGGUCCUCAUAACCUGUUUACCGAUAUCUCGUCGGAUGACUUUAUGCAGAACCUGCGGACGAAUACGUUGAGCGUCUUCCUUGCCGCCAAGCACUCCGCCCCCGCCAUGCGCAAGACCUCGGCAGACAAGCCCACCCCGGGCGGCAGCGUCAUCCUCACCGCCUCCGUAGCCGGCAUCCGCUCCAACGCCGGCACGACGCCGUACUCGGCGGCCAAAGCGGCCGUCAUCUCCGUCGCGCAGACGUGCGCGUACCAGGCGGCCGGCACGAACGUCCGCGUCAACGCCAUCUGCCCGGGCCUCAUCGAGACGGGCAUGACGUCGCAGAUGUGGGACCAGGCGCGCGCCCGCGGCACGACGGGUCGGAUCGGGCAGAUCAACCCGAUGAAGCGCGGCGGGCACGCCGACGAGAUUGCGCGGGUGGCGCUGUUCUUGGGCAGCGACGAGAGCAGCUACGUCAACGGGCAGGCGUGGGCUGUCGAUGGCGGGUUGAGCGCGGGACAUCCGUACGUAGUUGGGAAGCUUGCGUGA